AUGCUAUUAAUUACAUUAAUUGUACUAAGUUGUAUAGUGGCGAGAGAUGCUGAUUUGAUUGAAAUUGAGAUAGCAUAAUUGGAACAUUUAAUAUCAUUGCACACUGAGAAACUACAUUACUUAAAGGAAUUGAGAGAAAUUGCAAUAGCCAAUUAAUAAAACAUUCCUGUAUUGAAUGAUUAAUAUAGGAUAGUCAAUCGAUUAAUAAGUACUCUAAGAAAUUGUAUAAAAGAAAUCUUACAAGACUUAGAGUGGUGAGAAGCAAAAUUUGAAUAAAGAGAGAUCAUUCACAAAUAGAAUGCUUAAGAAAUAUUAAUUUAAUAUUACUAAUUCAAUUUUGGAUGCAUCAUUGAUUCAAACGUAAUUGAUUCCCCAUAUUUAUAGUUUCUAAUACAAAUCACCCACCACUGACAAUUCCUUCAAUUAAAUGCUAUAUGUUGUAACAAACACUAAAGAAAUUGAGAUUUACGAUCUAUCCAAUACAAUGAUAGUAAAUACCUAAUUGGGUAUUUUAUUAUUUGAUUCUAGAAUUUUAACCGCAAUAUGUAUCAAUUAGUAAUCGAGCAGAUGAUCCCAUAUUAGCAUUGGCAAGUAAUCAUUAUGCUUACAUCAUACUAGGUAGAGAUGGACUAUUUGCACUUUAUAAAAUAGAGAAUUCCAGAGUACCAAUUGAAACCCAAGAUUCACAAAAGGCCAAAACCAAAGUAGUGAUUCAAUUGAGCAAAGAAUUCGAAUUGAACAUUGAGAACCAAUAAAUCACAUCUAUGAUAUAUGCAAUGGUGAAAGGAACUAAAUAUAUCCUUUUUAGUUCAAGCAACGGGAGUGUCUAGUAAGUUAAUAUAUCUAUAUAAUAAAAGUGUGUACAAUCGUAAUGGUACAUUAAUAGGUGAGAGGAAUUUCAAUACUCCCAUUUUACAAGUAGUUAAAUCUUAUCCAAAUAUGUUAUACUUAACAUCGACAGGAUUUGGAUACAUUAAUCCUAUCAACUUGGAGAUAGUGUAACCAAUUUGUGAUAAUGUACAAUAUUUUAUAUUAUUGACAGUUGCCUUUUUAAAUAGUUCAUUUGACAUUAGAUAUUUAACAAACCAAUAUUGUUUAUGCUCUUUCUGAUUUAGGUGAAGUAUAUGUUUUCGAAAUCAAACAAAAUGAGUAAUGCAAAAUGAAAUUGAAAUUAGUUAAUAAUCAAUAACCAUAAUUCCUAUUUAGCAAUCCAAAAUUAUUUAGUUUAAGACAUUAUCUAAUUGUUUAUGAUUAGGAAAGCAGAGAAUCUCUAUUAUAUAAUACUACUGAUAUCUUGACUGAAGGGGAUUAUGAUCAACCAUUUAAUAUUGAUUUCUUUAAGUAAAUCAAAGGUCAAUAAGUUGUAUUGUAGUCUAUUAAGGGAAGUGGUGCAUCUCAUUACCUAUUGACUAGAGAAGUAUAGAAUGAUCACGAAUUGAUCAGUUAUUAUGAGAUAACUAUGCCCUAGAAGAAGGAUACAGACAUUUUCUCAAAUUUUAGAUUCCCCAUAAUCAUUAUUGCAAUUGUAAUUGUGCUCUUGUAUUAAUUCUGGUUUAGAGGGAAGAAGUAAGACAAGAAAGAAAAAGGAUCUAAGAACAAACUAAGAAGCGAAGAUGAAGAAAUUGAAUAAAUUUUGAAUCAACAAAAGAAACCUUUUUCAGGUCCUGGCGGAUCUGCUUCCACAAUAAAUAAUAGAUCUCCAACUAGAUCAGAAGUACAGAAUGGAUAAAAACAAGUCAGGUUUGAUGAAAAUCUCAAAAGAGCUGAUAAGUAACUUGAUAAUUUGGAUCAAAAAACAAAAUUACUUAAUGAGAGAGUAGGAGUAACAAAUAAUAUUGAAGCCCAGAGACAAAGUAUAUAUGUCUAUUAUUAUUAGAAUUGGCAUAACAAGCAUUACUGUAGAAAAAUAAAUAUGUAUGA